AUGUCAAACGUCGUGUGUUCAAACACCUAUGAUGAUUCUCGGAAAACGUUCAACCUUGACAGACCUAGUACGAGCGGUGGCAUCGAUUCAUCCAUCAGGGCCAGAGAGUACUAUUCGUCGGGUAUCAACGGUCUUCUGAUUAGCCUCCGUCCGCCUCUCCAGGGAGGCAAAUUUGUCACCAUCAUCAACGUCUACGCUCCGUCGAUGACCAGCCCUGACGCCGCAAGGGACAAAUUCUACGUGGACCUUCAUGUCCCCCUGACCGCUGUGUUGAAGGCGGAUAAGUGGAUUUUCCUUGGUGACUUCAACGCCCGCCUCGGCAUAGACCAUGCUGCCUGGAGAGGAGUGCUAGGUAACCAUGGUCUUAACAGCUUCAAUGACAAUGGCUUGCUCCCUCAAAGAACCUGCGCAGUACAACAACUCAUCCUGAAGAACACCUUCUUCCGCCUCCCGAUGUGACCGAAGGCUGUCUGAAUGCUUACUCGGUUGCGUCAGUGGCACCCGCUAGACUUUGUCCUCCUCCGAAGGCAAGACCGGCAGGACGUGCUAGUGACGAAGGCGAUUCCGGGUGCCAAUGGGUGGACUAACCACUGACUUGUCAUCUCGAAUUUGCGGAUUCGCCUGCAGCCUCGCAGGAGACCGCAAGGUAAGUGACCCCCAUGUAAGCUGAAUAUUGCCUUGUUGCCUCUGCCCGCUCACCAUCUCGAUUUUGGCAACGAGUUAGCGAAACGGCUAGGCCACCUUCCAGUUGCCGCUGCCGCUGACCAGAACGCCUUCGUGGAGAACCGAUGGCAUCAACUUGGGAGCACAGCCCGAUCGACAGCCCAAAGGCACCGCUCCUCUCCUCAGCGCCGACGGUAGUACCCUCCUGACCACGAACACGCAAAUUCUACAGAAUUGGGCCGAGCAUUUCCGAGGCGUCCUUAACCGCCCCUCCGCCAUCUCCGACGCCGCCAUCGUUCGCUUGCCGCAAGUGGAGACCAGCGUGGACCUCGACCUCCCGCCCUAUCUCCACAAAACCAUCAGGGUCGUGCAGCAGCUCUCCAGCGGGAAAGCGCCCGGAUCGAACGCGAUCCAUGUUGGAAUUUAUAAGCGCGGUUGCCCCAACUGAUGGAUCAUCUGACGGCGCUCUUCCAAGAGAUGUGGCGCCAAGGAGAAAUCUCACAGGAUUUCAAAGACGUCACAAUCGUGCAUCUCUGUAAGCGGAAAAAAGGCGCCAAAUCUGUGAAAAUCCUCGAGGCAUCGCCCUGCUGAACAUCGGGGGGAAACUCAUUGCUGGCAUCCUUCUCAAUCGUCUGAACAACCACCUAGAACAAGGUCUCCUGCCAGAAAGCGAGUGCGGCUUCCGUCGUCAUCGUGGGUCCACGGACAUGAUCUUCGUCGCCCGCCAACCUCAGGAGAUGCGGACCUACCCCUACUCUUCCUUCGUGGAUCUGACGAAAGCCUUCGACACGGAGAAUCACGACGGACUGUGGAAAAUCAUGCAGAAAUUUGUCUGUCGCGAACGAUUUGUUCAGAUGGUGCGUCAGCUCCACGACGGCAUGAUGGCGCGCGUCACAAACAAUGGAGCUGGCUCAGAGGCAUUCGCAGUGACCAACGGAUUGAAGUGAGGCUGCGUCCUCGCGCCCACCCUCUCCAGUCUUAUGUUCACUGCCAUGCUAAUGGUCGCCUACUGUGACGAACACCUCGAGAUCUGCAUCGUCUACAAGACGGACGACCACCUCCUCAACCAUAGGCGGGUGCACUUCCAGUCGCGUAUAUCCACAACCACCACCCACGAAUUUCCCUUUGCUUACGAUUGCGCCCUCAACACCUCCUCGGAAGUGUUCGCCGUGUGUCAACUGUCAGUCAACACUGCCCACAAUGCGCAGCAAACCGGCGGAUCCCCGACACCGACGUACUGA